AUGCCGCCUAGUCUACCGUCUAAAGAUUCAUUGAUUGAGCUGACUGUUCUCUUAUUUGACCAUCUUUACGACGAGUUCCCAUGUUUCCAUCGAUCCGGCCUCCUGCAAAGCAUCCAAGGUGAUGAGCUCCAGGAGAAAGCGCCGUCGUUUCUGUAUGCUAUAUGCACAGUUGCAUCACAUUACCAUCAUGACCCAGAUAUCCGCAGCAAGCAGCGAGAAUGGUACGAAUUAGCAAAGAUCGAAUACGACGUUUCUCCCCGAUAUCCGCAGUCCGCUCUCCGUACUCUACAGACGGCUAUCCUAAUCUGCUUCCAUGGACAAACCAUAGGAGACUUCUCUGCUAGUUGGCUUUGCAUUGGAAAGGCCUGGAGGCAAGCUUGUGCCCUUGGUUUGAACCGUAUGGACGCUGGCCAUGGCGUUGACAACGGUAUCGCAGAAUGCUACCCUCUGACAGCGCUCCAGAAAUAUGAAAGAGAAGAGGUUCGAAGAACGCUUUGGAUGCUCUAUGUCUUGGACAGAAACCACUCUUGGCCAACCGGAUGGCCAACUGCAAUCGACGAUCGGCAGUUUAAGGUUGAUAUACCUAUUGCUGACGAGCUGUUCCAGGCCAUGGCAACAGAGUGCACGGACGAUACAGUGCAACCCACGCCCUUCUCCUGGAAGUUGGACCCCCUCAUCUCAUCCUCCCCGCCAGCCUCUCCUUUAAACGUCUUCCAUUACAUUUGUGUUGCCUAUGUUCUCCUGGGAAAUGUCUCCGACCAAAUUCACUCGCUCCAUUCACCCCCCGACUCACCCGAGUACGCCCAGGAAUGCGAAGAGCUAGACUCAAUGAUCGUAAAAUUCCGGCUUACUCUUCCUCGUCAACUUACAUCCAUUCUUCAAUCACCUCCAAAGUCUCGAAGCCAUGUCAUUUGGCUCAAUGUCAUCCUCAAUGCUAUGGCCAUCAUCCUCCACUACCGCUGCGCUUCUCUGAGUUCCGAAUCCGAUGCACAGGACCAAUUCACUCGCGCCGUUAUUGCCGCCAAGAACACUGCAUCAUUGAUAAGAGACGCAUCUCGCAUCUCCAUCGACCUGCUUCUUAAUCCGCACAUCUGCAGCGCUCUCACACUGACCGCUUCCGUCUUGAUAAUUCACUGGCGCCUGGAAGCGGAUGACAGUGUUAAAACUGACAUUGAUAUCAUCAAGCUCGUCAUUGAGAGAUUCGAAGAAAAGUUCUCGUUCCUGGGCCUGAAGUUCCGAUUGGCACUAGAGAGGGACCUGGGGAGGGACAGAGAGGGUAUACUAGAUUUGAGAGACCGAGGACUGAAAGGAUUUCUUGCAGACUGCUCUAAGUGGAGCUUUGUCAAGGAGAAGGCUUUGGAAAUGGGAGUGGUAGUCACCUGA